AUGUCCUCUGUCAUAUUGGACAGUGAAGCGUCGUUCCGGGAAAGAUGCAGUAAAAUAGGCCUCAGCAACGAUCUUCUAGGUAAGUUGAUUGAAGCCGGUUACAACACAUUCGAAAAGCUGGCUUUCGCCGCAUCGUCUACACCGCAAGGUCUGACAGAUGAAGCUGUCGACUCAUGGCUAGCCACUGUAGUCACCCCGGCUCCUGGUUCCUUUCAGGUUUCAGUGAUCCGUAGGUUGCUGUUUGAAUCGCAAUCACUCAAUGUGGCGGACCUCAAGUCUAGGGUCGAAGGGACUCCAGAAGGUUCCGUGCGCCGCCUGCCCCAGGCCGAACGAAAGGAGCGGAUUGAGGCGCAGCAUCGUAGGCUGUCGGGUCUCAUCCUAACUUCUCAUACAACCCCUGCCCAUAGCUGCAUCGACCUUGUGACCGACAUGUACGAGAAUAACACACUCAAGUACAUUCCGAUUAACAGAUGGAUAUCCCGCUUCCAAGAGAUGUCUCUCCAGAAGAAGGAUUCUGCCGUUCAGAUGGACAACGAGGGCAACCUAAAGGUGAUCCAGAAAAAGCCGCAGCCGACGUGCGACACCACAGGCAUGUACCCUCUCCGGCAGGCCUUUCAGAGACGGUCGCUAGCCUUUGAUCUGGGUCACUUGUGUAGCUUUGAAGCUAUGGAAACUUGGAUCAACAAGCUCUUCGAAGCAGUUCAACGCACCGUGCCAAAGGGAUAUGUGGCGGUUAGCUUGGGACAAGUUGUUACGGCAGAUCGCGAGCUUUUUGUUCGGUUGGCCGACAUGCUUGAGGGACAAUUGCAGAAACCCAUAGGUGUUGAAAAACCCAUGGAUGCUGCCUUGCGCGAUCUAUCGGGAAGCCAGGAGAUAAAUCAGUUUCUUCAGCCGCUUGUAGCUCCUCCUCCUGCCCCUCAUCCAACGAAGCGCCCUUUCAAGGAGCUUACCACGCCAACCAAAGGUGACGGGAAGGGGAAGACGCCCAACAAGGGCGGUGAAAAGGGCGGAGGCAAGGCAUCCCGUGUGACCAUUCCGGAUGGCUGUGAACAGCCGCCUGUGAAAUCAGACUCGUGGGUUUACGAGCUUUUCGCUGGCAGUGCACGUUUCAGCAAGGCAAUCUUUUGGGAUCUCAUUAAGGAGUGCCCUCCUUUUCACGUGCAUGCAUCGCCCCCUGCGGGCCUGCCGUCACUGAGUGCCGCGUCUCAGCAGAGCCUUGCAGUGCGCAAGGACAAUGUGCUGUACCGUUUCGUUUACAAGCUUCUGCUGCAUUGUUCCGCUUCAGGCAUCAAUGUCAGUGUUGAGAAUCCUCGGAAUUCGCUUUUCUGGAAGGUUCUUCAAUGCUUUGCUGAGGCCGAGGGUUUGCUUUGGCCGCCGGCCGCCUUGGAGUACGUUGAUUUCGACCAGUGUUGUCAUGGUUCCGAUCGACCCAAGUCCACUCGCUUCUUGUGCACUCGAGGCUUGUUCCACUCGCUUCGAGCUACUUGUCCAGGCAAUCACGUGCAUCGCCCGUGGGGCCUGGGCCUUGUGUUCCAUGAGCGUUCUAUGCAGUUGUCGUCUUCUAUGGUGUCGGCAUACCCCGUUCUGCUCUGCAAACGCAUGGCCUCCUGUCUGGAGAGCGCGGCUUCGUUCCUGGGUCUAUCUUUGCAGGCAUCUCCUGACUUGGCAGCCAGCUCUGUUGCAGUUCUUGGUCGGCAGCACCGCCGAUUCCCUCCCUUGAUUCCUGAGUUUCGCAAGGUCUCUUGGGAACCGCCCUCUUUCCAACCUGACGACUCCUGUCGCAUCCUUCUCUCUCAGAUUGCUGGGGAGGAUGGCGGGAGAGAGAAUGCAGCCGAGGACAGCAAUGCAGCCGACAAUGCCGACGAGGCUCGAUUGCAUUCUUCUUUCGACCCUUGGUUCGAAAAGGUUGUUGCGGGAAAGCGUCUUCUUUUGUGGAAGCACCUUCUUGAACAGAACGGUUUCGAUGACAUGCAAGUCUGCGAUUUCAUGAUGUCAGGCGUCCCGAUUGUCGGGCAGUCAGCCUGCCCUCCGCUUUUCAGCAAAAAGAUUGUGCCGGCGACCAUGUCGGAACAGGACCUCAAAAGCACUGCAUCAUUCCGCCGAAGGGUCUUGACUGGAUCCAGUGGCAUGCAAGCAGCCGACCUUCAGGAUUUGCUGUCAAAGGCUACGAUGGACGAAGUCGAUCUGGGUUUUCUGGAAGGCCCUUACACCGAAAGUCAAGUGUCUGGCUUAUUCCAUUCGGAAGAUUGGAACUGCAUACGAAGAUUCCUGAUCCUUCAAGGAGCCGAGAACAAACCUAGACCCAUUGAUGACGGGCACGAGGCUUUGAUCAACAAUUGCUUCACGGCCACCAUAAAGUUGGAGCUCCAGAGUUCCGACUUUGUUGCAGCUCUAGCAACAAGGAUCGCCAUUGAAGAGGCCCAGAGAUCUCGCGCUACAGGCGAGCCCCCUCGAUCGUGGCUGGGCAAGUGCCUUGAUUUAUCUAAGGCGUACAAGCAGAUGCCUAUGAAGAAAGAGCAUCGCUCUCUGGCUGUGAUCUACCACAAGGGCCCGGCUGGCGAGGAUCAAUUCUUCAUUGCAAACUCGCUGCUCUUCGGACUCACUGCUUCGGUGUACGGGUUCGUGCGCACGAGCAGAAGCCUUCACAAACUGCUGCUGAAGAUAUUCAAGCUUCCUAGCUGA